AUGCACCGGCCGGCCCGGCCCGGACUGUUAGGCCAUCGCCAGAUGUUCCCGAGAUUGAUCCAACCCCGUGAGGCCAUUUUGAGCCAGGAAGGUAUACAGGGCACCGCAGGCGGCGGGUACGGUCAACGGGUUGGUGGGGACCCGUGUUUGGUGCUUACAUCCGACCCGAAGCCCCGUCUCCGGUGGACGGCCGACCUUCAUGAGCGGUUUGUCGACGCCGUUACACAGCUUGGUGGCGCCGGCAAAGCGACUCCAAAAGCAAUAAUGCGUACAAUGGGUGUCAAGGGAUUGACUCUGUUUCAUUUGAAGAGUCAUCUUCAGAAAUACAGACUCGGCAAGCAAUCAGGGAAAGAACUUGGUGAGGCUUCAAAAGAUGGCACAUACCUGAUCGAUAGCCCUCGUGCAAGUCAUUCUCCUCAGAGCUUGCAAGCAUCUGACGCGAAUGAGGGUUAUGAAGUUAAGGAGGCAUUGAGAGCACAAAUGGAGGUUCAAAGCAAACUGCACUUGCAAGUUGAAGCCGAAAAACAUUUACAGAUCCGCCAAGAUGCCGAGAAGAGAUACAUGGCCAUGCUUGAACAAGCCUGCAAGAUGCUCGCCGAUCAGAUCAUCGGGUCCCCACUUGCCAAUGAGGAUGGGGAUGGCUACCAAGGAAAUGGGCCAAAGGCGCCGCCCAAUGAUUCCCCUAGCCCACUAAUAUUACCAUACCCAGACGAAACCACAGGCCCAUUAGUAGAUCCCAGUCGAUUUGAAAUCCCUCCAAACCUUCGCCAGCAACGGGCCGAUUGUUCGACAGAGAGCUGCCUCACGUCCCAUGAGAGCCCAGUUGGUUUGUCGCCCUCUCCUGGUGUGAAGAGGGCCGUGCUGAAUGUGGACCCCUCAAAUGCCUCAUUUGUGUGGAGCGAGUCGGAUGCAUACACCCCUGACUUGCCUAUGGGGGCUGCUCCCGCUAAGGAGGCAGCCCAGAAGGACAAGGCAAAAGAGGUCGAAAAGAACAUCGCCUCGGACAAAACCGCCGGCAAGGGACACACCGCCUUCCCCUCAAAGGCGGCCGACAAACAGGCCGAUCAGCAGGGCAAAAAGAGUGUUGACCCGAGCGUCGCCGUACGAGGGUAG